UCAAACAUCAGUCUGUCUUCUCCUCCAGGUCCUCCUCCCUCAAGCCUCCCAAACUUCAUCGUCUCCUGGGCCCCUGCUGCUUCCAGAUGAACGUGGCUCUGAUUCAUGACAAACUUCACAUCAGAAGUUUGUGGGAGACGAAAAUCCACGUGGAGAGAGAGAAUGUGGAGAAAGAGGAGAUGAGAUUGAAGAAGAGUGCCCUCUGCAGGUUGCGUGCUGAGUGGGUGGUACGUCUGGAGAACCGGAACAAGCAUUUGAAAAAGCUUGACACGUGCAUCCAAAGAGUCGAUAAAGCCAAGUCACCUGACCAGCAGGAUGAGUCAGCAGACCUGGAAGGGAAGUCACCUGACCAGGAGGAUGAGUCAGCAGACCUGGAAGGGAAGUCACCUGACCAGGAAGACGAGUCACCUGACCAGGAAGACGAGUCAGCUGACCAGGAAGACGAGUCACCUGACCAGGAAGAUGAGUCAGCUGACCUGAUGCAAGAGUAACCAUGAC